AUGUUUCGAUCAACAACUUCGCCUACCUCAACUAUCAAUGGUGUGAAGAAGUCAGGAAUUCUCAAGGAUGAUGCCCCUGCUACUGAAGAAAGAGCCAUGUAUGCGCCGCAACCACCACCCGUUUCUUACCCGAAGGGUAUAGAAGUUUUGGCUAUCAUGCUUGCUCUCGUGCUGAGUAUCACCCUCAUUUCUCUAGAUCAGACCAUUGUUGCGACCGCUAUUCCCAAGAUUACCGACCAAUUCAACCAACUUGAUGAUAUAUCGUGGUACGCAUCGGCAUAUUUUCUGACGCUUGGAGCGUUCCAGUCACUGUGGGGCAAAGUGUAUAAGUAUUUUCCCCUCAAAACUAGUUUCCUAGUGGCGAUCUUUAUCUUUGAAGUUAGAAGUUUAAUUUCCGCUGUGGCCCAAAACUCAGUGACGCUUAUCGUUGGACGCGCAAUCUCCAGACUUGGUGGCUUGGGUAUCGCGCCUAGAGUAUAUACAAUCUCUGCCUUCGCUGCAGAGCCUACAAAACGAGCUACCUACACGGGGAUCAUUAGUAUGUCAUAUAGUAUUGCUGCAGUCGCUGGGCCACUCAUUAGUGGGGGACUUACAAACAGGGCGUCGUGGAGAUACGGUCUGGCUGCUUUCGUCAUCCUACUCACUUUCAAGACUCCUCAAGCAGUUAAGGUGGUCGAUACUACGCUCAAGGAGAAGCUUCUCCACAUAGACUUCUUAGGGACGGCGCUUGUGAUGGGUGCAUCACUUACCUUGCUUUUGGCUCUUCAGUAUGCUAGUGUAACCUAUGCGUGGAACUCCAGUGUUAUCAUCAGUCUACUCGUCGGCUUCGUUGCCAUAAUGAUGGCACUAACCAUAGGCUUCUUCUUCGCUGGCUCCUCCGGUGUGCGCAACAUUCCUCUUAUUGUCCUGUUCAGCAUUGCCACAUAUAGGUCAGGCACUAUUAUCACUAAGAUAGGUAAUGCAGCACCUUAUCUUACUGUUAGCUCCGUGAUCGUAACUAUCGCCACUAGCUUAUUCUUUACCCUCAACAUUAACACCUUGACAGGCAAAUGGAUAGGGUAUCAGAUCUUUGCGGGUUUUGGCUACGGCCUCGCUCUGCAAGUCCCGGUCAUUGUUGCGCAGGCUUUUGCUACACCAGCAGAUAUUGCUCCCACGACUGCGAUUAUUAUAUGUGGUAUAUUCCUGCUCGCAGCCGCGCAAGCUGGCUUUGUGAACCAGCUCAGACAAAGACUUGCAAUUACCGCACUGAGCGUUAAUCCUAUCCUUGUCACGGAAACCGGCGCCACUAAGCUGCACCAAAUAUUUUCUAGAGCUAAGCUAGAGGGUGUUAUCCGUGCCUACGCAUAG